CCCUACACGUGGACUUUUCUGUUCUGCACAGCAGUGGCCCAGACACAAAAUUCAGCUCCUUCCUUGAUUUCCACAAAACCCCCCUUACCCAAGGCAGGGUGUCUGCCCUAAGCCCCGUGCUGAUGUGCUGAGGUUUUGCUGGGGGUGGGAGUGAGGACUGCGGGGGGGAUUUACCCUGAAGCAUUGCAAAUGCAGAGAAGGGAAAACUUAACUUUUUUCCCUCUACUUGUCUUAGGUCCAUUGGUUGGGGCCCUAUAAAUUAGCCUGAGAAAAGACAUUAACAAGAGAACAACAGAUAGGAAUUUAUUACCAUGUGUGUCUCACACACACACACACUCAGGAGUAUUCAGUGAUGAGCAAUUCAAAGGAGUGGCUGGAGCUUAACAAAAGAACAAUGAAUUUGUAGGGAAGCAACGUGAUGGGAAAAGGACUUUGAGGUUAUAGGAACAGCAGAUUAUGUGAAGGCAAAUAUAUGGGGAAACCAGUGGUAGGUAAGGGCUAGUUCGUAAAGUUUAUGUAGAUUCUUCUGGGCUGCUAAGGGUCUAGAUUGCCUCAGUGCUUAACUUCUUUCCUUCCUGGUAGCGAGGGGAGGGGGGCACUUUUACAAAUUGAUGUCCUGCUUUUAGGCAACUGGGGAGGACAGAGAACUUUUCUUGUAUCUGCUUCUUCUUGAUUCAGCUCAAAAUGAUCCUUAUGCCAAAGUGGUAUAUUUUGGGGUGGCCUAUUCUACUACCCUUCACAAUCAGCCUCAAGUUCAGCAUCAGACCCCUCCAUUGUUAAAGUCUGUUGACCUCUGUCUGCCCCCUCCCCCAGGUAUGUUGUGGCUGCUUAACCUGGCUCUGACCGGGCCUUACUUGGGCACUUGGCCUUCUUUCUUUGUCCCGCUCCUCCCUCCCUCCAGUAACUGCUCAUUAGUAAAUUUUUAGAAUUUUUCAUGGAAACAUUAGUAUAAUACUUCUAGGAAGUGCACUUACUUGAAUUGGGCAGCUCAGUGAAUUCUCCCAGAGUGGACACACCAGGAUAACCCCUACACAGAUCAAGAAAUAGCAUGAGCAGCCCCCCAGAAGCCCCCUUUAUGUACUUUCCCACUCGCAACCUCCCGAGAGUAACCGUUAUCUCAACCUAUAAUGCAGUAGAUUAAUUUCUGCUUGGUCUUGAAUCUUCUAUCAAUGGAGUCAUACAGCAUGUAUUUUCUUUAUGACUGGCUUCUUUCUCUUGACUGUGCUUGAGAGAGCCGGCCGUGCGGUGUGUACAGUUCUAGGGGAUUCAUUCUUGUUACCAAAUAGUCUGUUACGUGAAUCUCCCACAUUUAUUUUUCCUAUUUUAAAUUGUGCUGCAAAGAAAAAUCCUUAUAGAUUCUUUUUUUUGGGGGUGGGGUGUAGAUAGACACAUUUCCGAUCAGUUAAUGCCUAGGAGUGGAACAGCUAGGUUAUAGGAUAUGUGUUCACAAUAAGUAGAUCUAUCCAGACAGUUUUCCCCCAAGUGCUCGUGACAGUUUACACACCCAUUAGCAGUGUGUGAAAACUUCGGUCGCUCUGCAUCCUCACUAACACUUGGAAUUGUCUUUUUCAUUUUAUCAAUUUGGCGGAUGGAUGGUGGGGUUGCCUUGUGAACUGUUCAUUUUAACCCAGAGCACGUUAGCUUCAUUGAACACCUUGGGCUCUGCUUUUCCCUGCCUUAGGAUUUCGGCUUCCCCACAAUGGCUUAUCAAGGUGUUUUCCCAAAGACUCUUCUCUUCUUAGAAGAAAUUCCCUGUGACUGCUGUUGAGAUGGUACACUAGAACAAAACCAAACAAAACCAGACCUGAAAGGGUUUAUGCGAAAAUGCUAAUGGUGUCUCUGGGUGAUGGAAUUGUAGGUGCCAUUAAUUUUCUUGAUGCUCAUUUUGAUUUUCUACACUGAACACAGUUUUUGUGUAAUCAGAAAUUUUUAGACAAGAAAACAUUUCCUACCCAUAAUCCCGCCACUCUAAUGCAAUUGUUUCCAUUUCUCUGACAAAGGUCUAUAUUUUGUGAAAACCACUCAACUGGAACAAAAUAGGAACAUUCAGACGUUCUGGGCUGGAUGCCACCUGCACAGUAAUGAAAAAUGCCAGCUACCUCCUUUGAGUUCUUAGGAAUAGGUAGAAUCAAAGGAAGUUCCUGAUAUUUACCUUGGGGCUUUAUGUCCAUCACCUCAUUUAAUUCUGGUGAGGGAGGGGUUGUUUUCAUCCCCAUGUCACAGACGAAGAAACCGAGGCUCGGAGAGGGUGAGUAGUCUGAGCAGGCCAGCUAGGAAAUAGCAAGGCUAGAAUUUGAAUUCAGGUGUCUGGUUCCAAAGCUGGCUUUUUCCCCUGCCCUGUGCCACCUUCCCCUCGCAGUGCCUGGCGGGAUUGCGGCCGAGUCCCUGACCUUCACUCCCCUGGAGGACAUGAUCUUCCUCAAGUGGGAGGAGCCCCAGGAACCCAAUGGCCUCAUCACUCAGUAUGAGAUCAGCUACCAGAGCAUCGAGUCAUCAGACCCGGCGGUGAAUGUGCCGGGCCCACGACGUACUAUCUCCAAGCUCCGCAAUGAGACCUACCAUGUCUUCUCCAACCUGCACCCAGGCACCACCUACCUGUUCUCCGUGCGGGCCUGCACGGGCAAAGGCUUUGGCCAGGCGGCACUCACUGAGAUCACCACCAACAUCUCAGCUCCCAGCUUUGAUUAUGCCGACAUGCCGUCACCCCUGGGCGAGUCUGAGAACACCAUCACCGUUCUGCUGAGGCCGGCACAGGGCCGCGGCGCGCCCAUCAGCGUGUACCAGGUGAUUGUGGAGGAGGAGCGGCCUCGGAGGCUGCGUCGGGAGCCAGGCAGCCAGGACUGCUUCCCAGUACCCUUGACCUUUGACGCUGCGCUGGCCCGCGGCCUGGUGCACUACUUUGGGGCAGAACUGGCGGCCAGCAGUCUUCCGGAAGCCAUGCCCUUCACCGUGGGUGACAACCAGACCUAUCGUGGCUUCUGGAACCCACCGCUUGAGCCCAGGAAGGCCUACCUCAUCUACUUCCAGGCAACAAGCCACCUGAAGGGGGAGACCCGGCUGAAUUGCAUCCGCAUUGCCAGGAAAGCUGCCUGCAAGGAAAGCAAGCGACCCCUGGAGGUGUCCCAGAGAUCGGAGGAGAUGGGGCUCAUCCUGGGCAUCUGUGCGGGGGGACUUGCUGUCCUCAUCCUUCUCCUGGGGGCCAUCAUUAUCAUCAUCCGUAAGGGGGCCGGGGAUGUGAAGGGCCUCACCAUGGGCUAG